AUGACAAGAAAGAGUCAGUUUUUUUUCUUGUUGAAGUGAAAAAAAUUGAAAAUUUUUCAGACGGACAAAAAGGCUUCCAACAGAAGACCUUCUCCUCCGCUCGUGAGUUUCUUUUUUGAAAUUUGACUUGAGGCUUUAACUUCAAACUCGAAGAACUUUGAUUACAAGUGAAAUUUCAGGCCGGGUCAGCGAAACUCAGCGACAACAAGCCCAGCUAAGUGAGUAUUUGUUUUUUUCGAACUUUUUUUAUUGGAAAAAAAAGUUUUUUUAAACUUUAUUAACGGUUCAUUUUUCAGACCAACGCCGUGGCGGUCCAGUCGUUCCCAGGAACGCACCCGUCGUUGCGCGAAACCAACCUGUCGUUGCCGGUAAGUUAUCAAAAUCAUCACUGUCCCUAUAAAAUCCAAAUUAUCUACAUUCGAGGUCUUUUGAAAAAAUUUUCCAAAAGUUUCAAGCGUGCUUAUUUUUGUGUUCUGUGCAGUUUGCCGGUUUUCCAAAAGUGAAAUAGAUACAAACUAGUUGAAAAGUGUUGAAUCCUGAGAUCCAUAAUUUUUAAAUUUCAAACUUUACUACUUUUUCUUUGGAUUGAUGUUAGAAUAUUUUUCAGCUGUACUUCCUGUUCGUGGAGGUGGCGCUCCGCGUGGAGGGAGAGCCGGCGCAGGCGGUCGUGGAGGAGCCCGUCGCAGUGCGCGUCUUGUCGCCCGUGCCCCAGCUGCUGCUGAUGAACCAGCAGCCAUUCAUUUUUGGUGAUUUUUUUCAGGAAAUCUCAUCUUGAAAAAUACACUUUUUUUCUGUAGCGCAAAAAAAUCUGGUGGGAUAUACAAUUUCACGAUAGGAAAUAAGUAUCCUAUGGUUCAAACCUUUAGAAGGAGAGUUAACCCCAAUUUUCUGAUACUGUUUUUUCUAUCUGAGAUCAAUGAAGAUUUCAUAAAAGUUCCGUGGUUUUUUUCAAGGCAACAGUUUUUGCUGAACUUUCUAUCAGACCUUUUUCGAGAUAUUAAAUCAGUUAAUUUUUAAAAAUUCAGCCGAAGCCGUCGAACCGGAGCUUGUAAACCUCGAAGAAGGCGUCGCUGUGAACGGAUCAGUGGAACCUGCCGAAGUUUCCAUCAUCAGCAGGCCUACGCCUGGCGAAAACAUUGCCAGUAAGUCACUUUGAAGAUUCCGCGCUAAAGUCAAACAUUCUGGAGCAUUCUUUCAAAAAAAGUUAGAAGUUUUUAGAUCAAAAUGAAUAUUAAUCAGAUGAACUUUCAUGAAAUACGGAGUAAAAAAACUCAAUUAGUUUUUGAAAAAAAGAGUGUAUUCUUUGACGAGUUCUGAUAAAUAUUUUUUUUUCAAGUCCACCAGUUUGAUUCGAACUUUCGCUUUACAAGUUUCAGGCGUCGCCUCGCAGAAAGACAGCUCGGAGAACCUCACUUCAUCGGGUCCAGUCAUCAAGCGUCUGAAGGUGGACAAAGGCACUUCGCCCUUCGGUAGGUAUUUCAACUUUACUGCAAAAAGUUUCUUGAGAUCAACAAUUCUUUGAAACUCCAAUGAUUCUUCGAAAUUCCAAUGACAAGAUUCUGAAACUAGCUUUUCAGUCUUGAAAUGCAUUUUUUUUAUCAGCUCCGCCAAGAAAUCCCGCUUCUUUGGCUGUCCCAAAUUCAUCUGCAAUGAAUGAAGGCAACGUCGUUGUUCAACUGGCGCCCAACCAGCCAAGUAAGAUUUUUCUGAAAAUUUCCUAAAAAGAAUAGAUAAAGCUAAGAUUUUCAUGGAUUUAUUCUUUCUGCAGAUCUGUGGACACCCCCUGAGUUUCAUUUUUCCUCAAUGGCCGCCGCUAUCGUCUUGAAUCGGUGGACGUCGGAAUGGAGGAAGGUCCAACUGAUGCGGCUGGAGCCGAUCCGAACUCUUCCGCGAUGAGUGCGUUUAAAAACAUAUUAUUAACCAAAAAAGUAUUUAUUACGUCAGCCAGUCAGACUAAAAUGAUAGAACUGACAAAAUGCUUUGAUGCAGUUAUUUGUGACUCCAAAACUAUAAAAACUUUGAACACAACUUUCAAAAAAUAUGUUUGAUCGAAAUUUUUAGACUUUAAAGACUUUUUGAUGUUUUAAACUGAUUUGAAAAAGAUUCAGGAACGGACGUCAACUCCUCUUACGUGGUUAGUCCGGCCGCCUCUCCAGCGACUCUUGCCAUUUUGGCAGGUGAGUUGCUUCAAAAUUAUCAACAAGAAUAUUUCUUUUUUUAUUCAGUCAUUCCCAAACUUCAAAAACUUUUUGGAUAAUCUCAUGAAAUUUUGAUUUUUCUAAAGAAUUCCGGAAGUCUGUGAAACAUUUUUCGAACAUUUGAUAUUUUUGAAACUUCCGAGAAAUUUUUUUUUUUGAUAGAAAAUGUUUUCAGAAAGAGCCGCUUUCAUCAACGCCAGGAACACUGUCGCUGAUUCUCCUGCCGUCUCUUCUCAAGAUCACCGCGCCGGAAACGAUGUUGCUCCUUCACCUGCCGUUUCCUCUCAAGGCGGCAGGCUCAGUCAGGCCUCCCUGGCGACUGUCUCAUGGUCGAGCCGUGAGUUUUUUUCAAAUGUUUAAUAAUUAUUCUGAAUAUGAAGUUGAAGAUGUUUUUCUUCUAUUUUGAGAAGCGGUUUUGAACUUUCGGCAUUUUUUUCGAAUUUCUUAGUUAUUGUUUUAACUUUCAUAGAUUCAGGUACUGACGCAAGUUCCUCAAGAAUCGAUAGCCCGGCUGUGUCGUCUUCAACACUUGCCUCGAUGGCAGGUGAGUUGCUUCGAAAUUAUCAACAAGAAUAUUUUCUUUUUAUUUAGUUAUUCCCAAACUUUAAAAAUUUUGGACUAUUCAUGAAAUUUUGACACUUUCUAAAGAAUUUUGGGAAGCCGGUGAACCUUUUUUGAAUUUUUGAUAUUUUUGAAACUUGAAAAUUCUUUUGAGAUUCCAGUUCCUUGAUAAAUAAUCUUUUCAGAAAGAGCCGCAAUUAUCAACGCCGGAAACAUUGUUGCUGAUUCUCCUGCCGUCUCUUCUCAAGAUCACCGCGCCGGAAACGAUGUUGCUCCUUCACCUGCCGUUUCCUCUCAAGGCGGCAGGCUCAGUCAGGCCUCCCUGGCGACUGUCUCAUGGUCGAGCCGUGAGUUUUUUUCAAAUGUUUAAUAAUUAUUCUGAAUAUGAAGUUGAAGAUGUUUUCUCCUAUUUUUGAGAAGCGGUUUUGAACUUUCGGCAUUUUUUUCGAAUUUCUUAGUUAUUGUUUUUAACUUUCAUAGAUUCAGGUACUGACGCAAGUUCCUCAAGAAUCGAUAGCCCGGCUGUGUCGUCUUCAACACUUGCCUCGAUGGCAGGUGAGUUGCUUCGAAAUUAUCAACAAGAAUAUUUUUCUUUUUUUAUUCAAUUAUUCUUAAACUUUAAAACUUUUUGGACAAUUUCAUGAAAUUUUUGACUUUUUCUAGAGAAUUUUGGAAAGCCUGUGAAACUUUUUUUGAACUUUUUGGAACUUUUUGAAACAUGAAAAUUCUUUUGAGACUUCAAAAUCUUGAUAAAUAAUAUUUUCAGAAAGAGCCGCUUUCAUCAACGCCAGGAACACUGUCGCUGAUUCUCCUGCCGUCUCUUCUCAAGAUCACCGCGCCGGAAACGAUGUUGCUCCUUCACCUGCCGUUUCCUCUCAAGGCGGCAGGCUCAGUCAGGCCUCCAUGGCGACUGUCUCAUGGUCGAGCCGUGAGUUUUUCAAAUGUUUAAUAAUUAUUCUGAAUAUGAAGUUGAAGAUGUUUUUCUCCUAUUUUUGAGAAGCGGUUUUGAACUUUCGGCAUUUUUUUCGAAUUUCUUAGUUAUUGUUUUAACUUUCAUAGAUUCAGGUACUGACGCAAGUUCCUCAAGAAUCGAUAGCCCGGCUGUGUCGUCUUCAACACUUGCCUCGAUGGCAGGUGAGUUGCUUCGAAAUUAUCAACAAGAAUAUUUUCUUUUUUUAUUCAAUUAUUCUUAAACUUUAAAACUUUUUGGACAAUUUCAUGAAAUUUUUGACUUUUCUAGAGAAUUUUUGGAAAGCCUGUGAAACUUUUUUUGAACUUUUUGGAACUUUUUGAAACAUGAAAAUUCUUUUGAGACUUCAAAAUCUUGAUAAAUAAUAUUUUCAGAAAGAGCCGCUUUCAUCAACGCCAGGAACACUGUCGCUGAUUCUCCUGCCGUCUCUUCUCAAGAUCACCGCGCCGGAAACGAUGUUGCUCCUUCACCUGCCGUUUUCCUCUCAAGGCGGCAGGCUCAGUCAGGCCUCCCUGGCGACUGUCUCAUGGUCGAGCCGUGAGUUUUUUUCAAAUGUUUAAUAAUUAUUCUGAAUAUGAAGUUGAAGAUGUUUUUCUCCUAUUUUUGAGAAGCGGUUUUGAACUUUCGGCAUUUUUUUCGAAUUUCUUAGUUAUUGUUUUAACUUUCAUAGAUUCAGGUACUGACGCAAGUUCCUCAAGAAUCGAUAGCCCGGCUGUGUCGUCUUCAACACUUGCCUCGAUGGCAGGUGAGUUGCUUCGAAAUUAUCAACAAGAAUAUUUUCUUUUUUUAUUUCAGUUAUUCCCUAAACUUUAAAAACUUUUUGGACAAUUUCAUGAAAUUUUUGACUCUUUCUAGAGAAUUUUGGGAAAGCCUGUGAAACCUUUUUUUGAACUUUUUUUGAUACUUUUUGAAACUUGAAAAAUUCUUUUUGAGACUUCAAAGAUCCUUGAUAAAUAAUCUUUUUCAGAAAGAGCCGCUAUUUCAUCAACGCCAGAAACACUGUUGCUGAUUCUCCUGCCGUCUCUUCUCAAGAUCACCGCGCCGGAAACGAUGUUGCUCCUUCACCUGCCGUUUCCUCUCAAGGCGGCAGGCUCAGUCAGGCCUCCCUGGCGACUGUCUCAUGGUCGAGCCGUGAGUUUUUUUCAAAUGUUUAAUAAUUAUUCUGAAUAUGAAGUUGAAGAUGUUUUUCUCCUAUUUUUGAGAAGCGGUUUUCAACUUUCGGCAUUUUUCGAAUUUCUUAGUUAUUGUUUUAACUUUCAUAGAUUCAGGUACUGACGCAAGUUCCUCAAGAAUCGAUAGCCCGGCUGUGUCGUCUUCAACACUUGCCUCGAUGGCAGGUGAGUUGGUGCAAAAUUGUCAACAAGAAUAUUUCCUUUGUAUUUGGUUAUUCUCAAACUUCAAAACUCUAGAAGACUGUCGCAAAGUUUUAAGAAUUCGAAAAGACUUUUUUUGGGGUGUCUGUGAAACAUUUUUCCGAACAUUUGAUAUUUUUUUGAAACUUAAAAAUUAUUUUGAGACUUCAAAAUCUUGAUAAAUAAUAUUUUUCAGAAAGAGCCGCUUUCAUCAACGCCAGGAACACUGUCGCUGAUUCUCCUGCCGUCUCUUCUCAAGAUCACCGCGCCGGAAACGAUGUUGCUCCUUCACCUGCCGUUUUUCUCUCAAGGCGGCAGGCUCAGUCAGGCCUCCCUGGCGACUGUCCCAUGGUCGAGCCGUGAGUUUUUUUCAAAUUUUUCAUGUUUUUAGUCAAAGUAUGAUGUUAGAGAUCUUUUGUUUUUAUUUUAGAGUAGUCGAUUUUGAACUUUUCGGCACUUUUUUCGAAUUUCUCAGUUUUUGUUAUAAUUUACAAAGAUUCAGGAACUGACGCGAAUUCGGCAGGAGUGAAUAGCCCAGCUUUGUCGUCUUCAACUCUUGGGCUCAUGACUGGUGUCUCUCCAAACAUGCCGCGAGCUGUGGACUUGAACACCUCCGAACUUCGCUCGCCUCAUUUCGACUGUCAGUUUUUGUUCGCAACUAUUUCUUUUCUUCAAUGCGAAAAAUCUUCUCGAAAAAUUUUUCACACGUAACAUUUUAUUGAAAUUGGGGACACCAAACUCAAUUUCAGUCUCGAACAUCAGCACUGUCGAUGUCGCAAUUGGCAGGAACAUGUCGGAUGACCGCGAAAGAACCGCUUCUUCUGGUUAGUUUCACUCCGAUCGUUAAUUAUUUCCUUAACCUCAGCUCUUAUGAGUUGUUUCAGAUUGAUAAGAAAAAAAGUAAUUUUUUUGGAAUUUAGAAAGAGACGUCAGCGUGAGUGUCACCGUCAAUGCCUACGACCUGGAACUGGACAAUUCGGUCGGAUCAGUUGCCGACGGCUCUCGGACCGCCGGCAGGCCCAGCCAGUUGUCUUCGAUUCAUUCGAUCGGUGAGUUACCCAAAAAUUCUAACAUUCGAAAACAGCAGAUCUUCGGAAAUCAAUUUUUUUCUAAAAUUUCCCCCAAUAAGUCAAAUCGAGUUGCCCAAUAACUUCGACUUCUUCUUCUUGAUUUUGCAAAGCAAACUUCUCUCUUCAUUUGUCCUGGCCAUAUUUUGGUUUGAAUGUAAAAACAUUUGAAACAGUUGGAGCAAAUCAAACUUUCAGCUUCCGAUGAGCCGACUGGUGAACCAACGAUUGCCCCUGGGAUUCUGAAUCAUCGGCAUAUUGGUUUGUCUUUUCUUCAUUUUGAGGCUAAUAAUUGAAGAGGAGACCCAUUCUCGGAUUGUAGUUCUGAAUUCGAUAUUUCAUUGCUUCUUGAAGGUAUUAUCUUUAUUCAGUUGACGACUAUUUUUCAGAGCCUACUCCAGAUCCCAAUGCGCCGAAGCCGAUGCCGACAUUUGAAGUUUUUUCUGAGAGGGAGCCACGGGAUUUUACGAUUCUCCAUAAUCGAGGUAUUUUUUUAUUUAAUAAUAGAAUCCCGUCAUACUUCUCUAACUCCGUGACUUUUCAAAAAAAACGAGGAAAAAUUUCAUCUUUCUUUAUCUUCGCGACUUUAGAUUGUCCUCAGAAAACCUUCAGUUUUCAAUAUUUUUUCAACUUUGCUAAUUCAAAAAAUUUGAUUUUUCAGCCAAUGAGAUUGAAAUUGGAACCGGCGUCGAGGAACUCCGAUCUCCGGGAUCGCGCCGUCGCUCUCCGUUGAAUCCGACCCUCGGUGAGUGUUUUUUCUCACUAUUCAGCUGUAUAUUUCUAUCUAAAGAAUUAGAGAACAAAUCUUAUCCCUAAAAAAAUCGUUUUUUUUUUAUCAGUAAGUUCGAGCUGUGACGCUUUGAAAUGAACGGAGCGAGUGGCAAGAUUUGAUGUAGACUUUUGAAGAACGUUCAGAAACUUAUGCAAAGAGCUUCUUCUGUAUAAGCGUGACCACAUCGAGUUUUUAGAACAGCUUCAUUUUUUAUCCUCACUUUUGUUUUUCAAAAUCUCAAGGCUUUAAAAAAUUUUUGAUUUUGAAAUAAGAAACCUUGAUUCCACCUUGAAAAUUUCCUACAGGUAUGACUCCUACGGCUUCCGAACUUCUCCACACCGUGAGAAUUCCCUUGACUUCGCCGACUGAACAUCGGAACGACUCUCUGAUCAACAUCAACAGCGCUGACGGUUCGGCCUUUUCACCUGCCGUUGUCGGCCACGGCGUCGGCAGGCUCAGUUCGAGCGUUGUUUCCAAUGCUACUCGUAAGUUCCUUGAUAAUUUCAGCGAAACUUUUUUCGAAAAAAGAUAUGGAUCACGUUUCAAUACUCAGAGCUCCUGUUGUUUUUUUGUGAUUUUGGGAUGAAAAACUUCAUUAUUUCGUAAACCGAAAACUACAAAAAAAUGGAAAAAAAUAGAUUUUACACUUACUGUUCUUCUGACAUUCACGAAUUUUUGAAACGUUUUUUUCAAACGUCGAAAUUUCAGAAGACACUUCGGCGACUGCUUCGUCUGUUGGCAUGAGCGCUUCUCCUUCGGCUGACGCCUCGAACGACGACAAGGUAUCCCAAUUUACGCUAAAAAAAUCUGAAUUUGCUAUCUGACAGCAAUUUUUUUCUUUUUGAACUUUAAAAAAACUUUUCUCCAAAAUUUAAAAAGAAAAAAACCAACGGCUUUUUCUUCUCAGAAACCUUUCUACUAUAAUUAAUUUCCAACCAAGAAAAAAAGUUUUCAAUCUUCAAAGUUUUUCCAUUAAGUCAUUAAUGUUUUUCAGGAGGAUGCUGAAAUCGGCAAUUCGACCGACACGGACAAGGUAAAAUAUCUCGAUUUUUGUCAUUUCUAAUUUGAAUUUUUCAGGCCGACUGA